AAAGACGUCAUGCUGACACCACAACGGACGGUGUUAUAAUGACAACGCUUAUAAAUACGAAGCUCUAUCUCUUUUGUACGAACCUAGACUGCAUUCCCAUUCAUAUCACUUUUCUAACCAUCACCCUACAAACUCGGUGAACAACAUCUUCAAAUCAAUGGCCACUAUAGGCGCGCAACCAAUUCGUCCUCCUCCGUUAUCUUCAACCUCCGAACAACCACCACUUUUUGAUGGAACCGCCAGGUUCCUUCUCCUUCUCCUUCUCCUAAUUUCACCUUAUUUUCCCUGCUUUUAUUCGCAUGCACACGAUUUAAUUUAUUAUUUUUUUAGAUUGUACACCAGUUAUACUUGUCCAUUUGCACAACGUGUAUGGAUCGCUAGGAACUAUAAGGGGCUACAAGAUAAGAUCCAAUUAGUUCCUUUUGAUCUUCAAAAUAGACCUGCCUGGUAUAAGGAAAAAGUUUAUCCUGAAAAUAAGGUGCCAUCUCUGGAGCAUAAUGGCAAGGUAUUGGGAGAAAGUCUUGAUUUGAUCAAAUAUAUUGAUGCUAACUUUGAAGGAACACCUCUCUUUCCCAAUGAUCCUGCCAAGAAAGAGUUCGGGGAAGAGUUGUUAUCUCAGGUUGAUGAGUUCACAAGAGAUUUUUACAAUGCAUUAAGAGGGGAUACUGUGCAGCGAUCCCAUCCUUCUUUUGAAUUCUUGGAGAAUGCUCUUGGUAAAUUUGAUGAUGGACCAUUCUUGCUUGGUCAAUUCAGUUUGGUGGAUAUUGCCUACAUUCCUUUUGUUGAAAGAUUCCAUGUUGUCCUUGUUGACUUGUUCGAGCACGACGCCACAGAAGGAAAACCUAAAGUUGCAAAAUGGAUUGAGGAGUUGAACAAGAUUGAUGCUUAUACACAGACAAGAGAGGAUCCUCAGGAAAUUGUGGAUCUUGUCAAGAAACGUUUUAUGCCUCAGAAGUGAUAGAUGAAUUGAAGCAGACUUCCUUUGAGAUAUUUAAAUAAAGUAUUGUUUGUAUCAUGGGAUGCAUCUUUUAGUCGAUUGAUAUUGGUUUGUUUAACUAUAGUAUUGAUGUCAUAGUUAUGUUUCAUUUCCAGAUUGCUUGUUUGGUGUUUGAUGUAAUGGUGUUUAUAUAUGUAUCAGCUUGUGAUCACUUAUCAGAUGGUAAACACAAACAGCCAUUUCAAAUAAAAUAAAUGCCCUCUUCAAUA